AUGGGACAGAGCAACAAUGUAACAGAAUUUAUUCUCCUGGGACUCACUCAGGAUCCUGAUGGACAGAAAGUGUUAUUUGCCUUCUUUUUUCUCGUCUACAUUGCAACGGUGUUUGGUAACCUUCUUGUUUUGGUGACUAUUAUUAUCAGUCCUUCCCUGGGUUCUCCCAUGUACUUCUUUCUUGCCUACUUGUCCUUCAUGGAUGCUAUUUAUUCCACUUCGAUGACCUCUAAAAUGCUUGCAGACUUACUCAGUGAAAAAAAGACAAUUUCCUUUUCCGCUUGCAUGGUGCAGCUCUUCAUUGAACACUUCCUUGGCGGUAUUGAUGUCUUUCUCCUGGUAGCAAUGGCCUAUGAUCGCUAUGUGGCCAUCUGCAAACCUCUGCACUACUUGACCAUCAUGAGUCGAAGGGUUUGUGGUCUGUGGCUGCUGGUGACCUUGGUUGGAGGAUUUUUGCACUCUGUGGUUCAACUUCUCUUUGUGUACGAUCUCCCCUACUGUGGUCCCAAUGUCAUCGAUCACUUCAUGUGUGACAUGUACCCAUUACUGGAACUUGCGUGCAUUGACACUUACUUCAUAGGCCUCACUGUGAUUGCCAAUGGAGGUGCUAUCUGUAUUAUUAUUUUCACACUGCUAUUAAUCUCAUAUGGUGUCAUCCUAAGCUCCCUGAAGACCCACAGCCAGGAAGGGAGGCGCAAAGCUCUGUCCACCUGCAGCUCUCACAUCAUGGUGGUUGUCCUCUAUUUUGUCCCCUGUUCUUUCAUUUAUGUGAGACCCGUCUCAAAUUUUCCCAUUGACAAGUUUGUGACUGUGCUUUAUACAGUUAUUACUCCCAUGUUGAACCCUCUCAUAUACACUUUGAGAAAUUCUGAGAUGAAAAAUGCCAUGAGAAAACUCUGGGGCAAAAGGUUACCUACAGCUAGAAAAGUGAUGUGCGCCCACAGUGGACAUACUCUUGGUAACUCUAAAGCUGCCCGAAGGAAAUAA